UCAAUGCCAUCCACAGGGCACUGCCAGUGGUGAACAGAUGACACAUCAGCUUUGUGGAGGAAGGUCACCGCAGUGAUUUUCUCUGCUGCUUACAGACUCUGUGGCACUCUUGAUCGUGAAACAUUACCGCUUUAGGAUGGAAUCCUCAAUUGAAUUCUCCACAUCACCUACAGGAACAGCGACGCGUUACCGAAUUUUUAAAAUUGUCGUGAUUGGGGAUUCAGGAGUUGGCAAAACUUGCCUUGCGUACCGAUUUUGCGCUGGGAAGUUUCCAGACAAAACUGAAGCCACCAUCGGUGUCGACUUUCGUGAGAGAAUUCUUGAUAUUGAAGGAGAAAAAAUAAAGGUCCAGCUCUGGGACACGGCGGGCCAGGAGCGGUUCCGAAAGAGCAUGGUCCAGCAGUACUACCGUGGCGUGCACGCCAUCGUGCUGGUCUUCGACGUGUCCAACCCCGCCAGCUUCAGCAGCCUUCCGCUGUGGCUGGACGAGUGCCGGCGCAACGCCCUGGGCCAGCAGGUGCCCCGCAUCCUGGUGGGCAACAAGUGCGACCUGGUGCAGGGGUGCAGCGUGUGGAGUGGCACUACCAGCGAACAGGUGCGCAGGUUUGCCGAGGCCAACGCCAUGACCUUCUACCAGACCUCGGCCAAAGGUCCUGAAGGCCAAGGCGACCAUGUGGGUGCCAUCUUUCUGUCGCUGGCCCACAGGCUGAGGAAGCAGCGGACUUGUCCCUCGCCCCAGAGUGAGGCACUCGGCAGUUUCAAGCUGAUGUCCAAAAACAAAGCAGAGAAGGAUAAAUGGGCCUGGGCCUGUGGCUGCUAAGAGUAACAUGAAAACUUUCAUGGACUCUCACCUACUGGGACACGUGUAUGGAGCUUUUACAUACAGAGUGAAACAAAAUAAACCAUAUGUCUGGAUUGUGAGAGGAAGUGGGUGAGAAUAUGUACUAUAUCCAUCAAUACUUGUCCCCUGACUUUCCAAACCAAAGACGAAAAUGAAUAUUCUGAUUAAAUGUGAUCUUUUAAUGAUCUUUAAUGAUCUUUUCAUGUAAAUCUUUCCCAUUGGCGAUUGGAACAAUGUACCUUUGGAAUACCACACUGUUCUCAGAAUUUUAGAGUAUUUUUGUAUAUAUUUUUUAUAUAAUUGAUAGUGCCAUUCAAUAAAGAAAUCAGUCAUCAUUUAUUUAAUCUAUUUUGGAUUUAAUUUGCAUCCAGUCUGAGUGCAUUAGAUGUGUUGAUUAGUGUUGCAAAUGAAAUCAAGAUUAAAGGUUGAACACAUUGUAUUAUCA